GAACCCCGCUGUCGGUCAGCGGUGCCUUUGUGUCCUGGAGCCGCUGCCAUGUCCCGGAGCCUGCAGGCGCCCGGCUCUGCGAGGAGCGCGGGAGGCGGGGCUGGAAAGAGCUACCCCAGCUCUGCUGAAUCAAAACAACGUGCGCCUUCUGCCUCGUUUGUUUUUUGUUUUUUUUUAGCAGACGUCAUUGGCAAUCCCCUAAUUUAGGGGAGACUGAGUCAUCGCUGGUGAGCGCCCGGACUCGCUGGUGCAGUCGCUGCUCGACGCGGCCUGGUUGUGCCCGCUGCAGGGAGCGGCCCGGCCGGGCUCCUCGGCUCUCAGCCCCUGCUUCGUGUUCUUGCUGCUGCCGUCAGCUCGGUGUGUGAACGCCCAGAGCUGGCUUUUCAGGGAAGAACAGGCAGCUGGUUAGCAGUACUUCCCGUAUCCUCUCUCCAGUGGGAGACAUGCACCCAAAUAUUUUCUGAGGAGUGGAGGCGGUACACCGUAGAGCAGACUUUGAACUGAUACCGGCCCGGUGUUUCGGGCAGAUGUCAGAGGGCACUUCCUUGUUUUCUGAAGAUGCCUGUACAGCUGUGGGCCGACCGUGUAUGACCAUGCACACCUCGGGCACGCCUGCUCCUACGUUAGGUUUGAUAUAAUUCGAAGGAUAAUGACAAGGUUUUUUGGAAUUGAAGUUAUCAUGGUGAUGGGGAUCACAGACAUAGAUGACAAGAUAAUAAAAAGAGCCAAUGAGAUGAAUAUAUCGCCAGUAGCUCUUGCCCGUAUUUAUGAAGAAGACUUUAAACAAGAUAUGGCUGCCUUAAAGGUUCUUCCUCCUACAGUAUAUAUGAGGGUGACUGACAAUAUUCCUCAAAUAAUUUCCUUUAUAAAAACAAUAAUUUCCAGUGGACAAGCUUAUGCAACCUCACAAGGAAAUGUUUAUUUUGAUGUUAAAUCCUGGGGAAAAAGAUAUGGAGUGUUAACUGCUAUUAACCCUGAUACCCAAGAUGAAGCAGUUGAUUCUGAUAAACGACAUGGGAAAGAUUUUGCCCUGUGGAAGGCUGCCAAGCCUCAAGAGCUGUCUUGGAAUUCUCCCUGGGGAAAAGGACGACCUGGCUGGCACAUUGAAUGUUCCACAAUAUCAAGUGCAGUAUUUGGAAAGCAGCUGGACAUCCAUACUGGUGGAAUAGAUCUUGCAUUUCCUCAUCAUGAAAAUGAAAUUGCACAGUGUGAGGUGUAUCAUCAGUGUGAGCAAUGGGGGAAUUACUUUUUGCAUUCUGGGCAUUUGCAUGUUAAAGGAAGUCAAGAAAAAAUGUCAAAGUCAUUAAAAAACUACAUAACGAUUAAGGAUUUCCUGAAGAAAUGUUCAUCAGAUCAAUUCAGGAUGUUUUGUUUGCGUGGCAGAUACAGCUCAGCAGUAGAAUUUAGCGAGGAGAGCAUGGAAGAUGCAAAGAACCUUCUUCAGUCAGUCUCCUCAUUUAUUAGAGAUGCAAAUGCUUAUAUAAAAGGACAGCUGUUGUGUGACCCUGUUAGAGAAGACAUAUUGUGGGAAAGGCUAGCCAACACAAAAGUAACCGUGAAGGCUGCGUUUGCAGAUGACUUUGACACCUCCAGGGCUGUUGCAGCAAUUAUGGACCUCAUUCACCAUGGCAACAGACAGCUUAAGGCUGUUACUAAGGAUGCUGGAUCUCCUAGAAGCUCUGUUGUGUAUGGAAGCAUUAUUUCCUAUAUAGAAGGCUUUUUCAAUGCCCUUGGGAUGUCCUUUGGAGAAAGACAGGUGUCUGUGGGAGGAGACAGGUCUGCAGUGCUCUCCAAUGUCAUUGAAGAGCUGGUGAGGUUCCGCUCCAAGGUGCGGCAUUACGCGCUGGCCCUGCCCGAAGCAGCCGGCGCUGUGCCAGGGGAGGGUGAGGCAGGAGCUGAGGAACACAAACAGGAGAAGAGGAAGCAGUUAAUGCAGGAGAGAAAGCCCCUCCUGGAGGCUUGUGACAGUCUGCGUGGAGACCUUGCUGCCUUUGGAAUCCACAUAAAGGACAGAGCUGCUGUUUCAACCUGGGAAAUUGUGGAAGGAGGGCACACAGAGAAGCAGGCUGACAAAAAAAGCUGAUCCCUCAUCUUUGGACUGUUUUUUAUUUCAGCUGCUUUGGCAACUGUUGUAAAUACCAAUUCUUUCAAAAUAAAAUCUGUUGAACAGAAUGGCCAAAAAUGAUAGCAUGUAAUUUGAGCAAAACUGUUGGCACUAGUACUUGGUAAAUAAAUAGAGGCCUUGCAGCACAGGUGGUGGAAGCAUCCAGAAUACAAGGCAGCACAGGAGCAGCUGCACUGAUUUAACACAGAUAUGGCUCUGUUCUACUGCAGGAACUGCCCCAGCCCAAAGGCUCUGUCAUCUGCCCUCGCCUCGUGCUGCUGACCUGACAUAGAACUUAAACACAGAGAAGGCAGAGGCAAGAACUUAGGCCUGUCUUUAAGGUGAAAACACUUAAGUUUUAUGCCUGUUGGUUUGACAGUUCUGUUCCUCUCAGAUACAGGAACGGGGAAUACUUUUAACCUUGAAGUAUUUCCUUAUUGCAGUGGUGCUGCUUUGAUCCUGUGACACCUCUACCUGUAAUAUGAUGGUAUCCAGUUUCCUAUAAGGCUUGGUAUCUUCUGUUUGCUUUUGCACAUAAUACAAGGAAUUUCUCUAGCACACUCAGGAUCUGUACAAAAUUGGGAAGAUAAAAUUAGGAUGUAUAUGUAACAGUAUAAAUAUGAUUAGUUUUUGUCUGUUCAGUUGCCUUUUUGCUGGCACUGGCUGCUGUGGCUGUGGGCAGAGGUGCAGAAGCCUCUCUUACACCUGAAGUGACCUGUGUUCUAGGGCUUGUGUUAAUGUGGGGCUGGUACUUUCCUGGUACCUGCACUUUUAAAAAUCAAUUUAUGAAAAUGUAAGAACCAAGAAUGUGGGUUCAUUACAAGGCACUUGUGUGUUUUUAAAGUAUCUGUUCAACAGGCUAAAGGCUUUCUUUUAUACUGUUGAGAAUAAAAUGCAUAGCUAUU